AUGGGGAAUGUUUGCUGCGUGGCGGGAGCGCCGCUGCGAUCAGAACUUCGGGGCCGACGGCUGGGCAACAAGAGGGUACACACAGAUGGGCAGACCUUCGCCCCAUUUGGGAUGGUGGAGCAGAAGACAGAACCGCUGAAAGUUUCUGAGUUCAAGCCCAGCUCGGGCUCCAGCAAGGAGAAGGUGGACCUGCGCGAGUACAUGACCGCGGUGGAGGACCAGGCGGCGGCCAACAGCUGCUGCGCGAAUGCCGUGGCUGGUGCUUAUGAGUAUAUCAACAAGCGCGAGGCGCUGAAGCGGGGAGACUCCACUGAUGACAUCUCGCGGCUAUUCAUUUAUUACGUGGGUCGGAAGCGGGAUCAGCAGAUCUUCGGCGAGGAUCCGAAGAUUGUGCCGCAGGAUGAAGGAAUGACUCUGGGAGGUGCCAUCACGGCUUUGGAGAUGAAAGGCGCCUGCCUGGAGAAGAAUUGGCCGUACAACUUGGACCGGGUGAACCACAAACCUGAUCCGUCUUGUUUCGACCAAGCCCUGCGCUACAAAAUCGCGAGUUCGCAGAAGGUUGCGGUGGACCUGGAUGCCAUGCGCGCGGCCCUUUCUGCCGGGAACCCCAUCGUCUUUGGGCUCAAGCUCACUUCCCACUUCUUUCGGCCUUUGCCAGGAGGGUUCAUCCCCACACCAGACCCCAGCGAUCCACAGUCGUCCGAACACGGGCUGCAUGCCAUGCUGCUGGUCGGCUACAACGAUCGCCAGCAGGUCUUCAUUGUCAGGAAUAGUUGGGGCACUUCCUGGGCUGACCGCGGAUAUGCAUAUGUGCCAUACGACUACAUUGCCAAUAGCGCCUUCAAUUUUUUGGAUCAGUAUGUCAUCACGGGCUUGACUGACACUGACUUCACGCCAGCUGACGACGACGGCAACGAUUUCAGCUACGACACCGUAGCGGAUUCAGCGCAACCCGAGUUGGUUGAUUACGAAGAGGAAGCUCCGGAUGCAGAGCCGGAUGACUUCGACCCCGAGGAUGAGUUCGAUUGGGACAAGGAAACCAAGCGUGUCUUCGACAAGUUCGAUGUGAACAGCAGCGGCACGAUUGAGCUAUCUGAACUUGCCACCUGUCUUUCCAUGAACGGGGUCUUCAUGCUACCUUGGCAAAUCGAAGACAUCAUGAAGCAGUACGAGUCGGACGGCAAGCCAGGUCUCUCAUUUGAGGAGUUCAAGUUGGUUUGCCAGAAGGAAUGA